AGCUGACUCGCCACAGUGGAAAGGCGUUAUAUUAGUUUUGUUGUGUUUUAGUCUUGUUAAAGUGAAUGUUGUUCAAGGCAUUUUUCAUGUAUCCGCAUACAAUGUGUAAGGGUUGCCUUUACCUUUCGUUACUGACAUUACAUCGAUUUUGAAGCCGUUUAAGUUGAAAUUCAGCCGACAACGUUGCCAUGAUCGGUCGCAGACAUGCAUUGGAAAACUUUUUCUGUCUUUGCGUUACUUCUAAACAUUACCAAAACUUCAGCAUCUUCAUAUGUCAUCACAGUUGAUGUGGGAAUACAAGUAGGAGAUCUUAAACACUUCUGGAGAAGCACUGGUUUCUGCCCCCCACUCCCUCACACCCAGGCCCACCAGUUUGACCUGAGCAUCGACCAGCAGCUGAACCUGGCCUAUGUGGGCUCAGUCCCCCAUGGAGGGAUCCAGCAGGUCAGGAUACACUGGAUGUUGGAGCUGGUCACUGCACAGGAUAUUGGAGGACAAACCCAGUACAACUUCACCAAACUGGACCAGCUGAUAGAACUCUUGUGGAUUAAUGGACUCCGACCAGGUUUUGAACUGAUGGGCAGUGUCUCAAACUAUUUCACUGACUUUGAGGACAAAUCACAAGUGGUCGAGUGGCGAAAUCUGGUUUAUCUCAUAGCCAAGAGAUACAUCGACAAGUAUGGCCUGGGCAGCGUCUCUCAGUGGAACUUUGAAACAUGGAAUGAGCCAAAUAACCAUGACUUUGAUAAUGUCACUGUGUCAAUUCAAGGGUUUUUAAACUACUACGAUGCCUGUUCGGAGGGUUUGCGGGCUGCCAGCAGUCUCCUGAGGUUUGGGGGUCCGGGAGACUCCUGUCAUUCUCCCCCACACUCACCGUACUGCUGGGCCAUGCUGCAGCACUGCUACAACGGCACCAACUACUUCACUGGAGAGACGGGGGUCAGGAUCGACUACAUCGCCCUGCACAAGAAGGGAGGUGGCUACUCCUUACCCAUCCUCCAGCAGGAGAUCCAGACAGUGGGCGAGAUCCAGGAGCGUUUCCCACGGUUCCGCAGCCUCCCUGUUUACAAUGAUGAGGCUGAUCCUCUGGUGGGUUGGUCCAGACCGCAGGAGUGGAGGGCUGAUGUGACCUACGCUGCGAUGGUGGUGAAGGUCAUAAACCAGCACCAGGAACUACUGCUAGCAGACCCAAACAGCAGCAUCAACUACACCCUGCUCAGCAAUGACAAUGCCUUCCUCAGCUACCACCCACACCCCUUCACCCAGCGCACGCUGACCGCCCGCUUCCAGGUCAACAACACCCAGCCGCCUCACGUCCAGCUCAUCAGGAAGCCUGUCCUCACUGUGAUGGGCCUGCUGGCUCUGUUAGGAGAGACGCAAGUCCUGGCUCAGGUUUUGAGCUCAGCAGGAAAUAACAACAGCAGUGUGGGGGUUAUCGCCAGCAGCCACAAGCCCGUCACAUCGUACGGCUCAGACAGCUGGCAGGCUGCUGUGCUGCUCUACAACAGUGAUGACAACAGCACCUCCUCUGACACUGAUGAUGUCACAGUGUCACUGAAAGGACUGGCUGCGCAGAAGGGUCUUGUGUAUGUCACAUAUUACAUUGACAACAAUGUUACCAACCCGUACCAGCUGUGGCAGAGCAUGGGAAGCCCCGACUACCCCACAGCAGAACAGUUCAGAUGCCUCAGAGCUGCACAGGACCCUCAUGUUGAUGGACCCUGGGAAAUUCCUGCAGGGGACACUCUGACUCUGAAAGCCAAACUUACCGUGCCUUCUGUCCUCCUCAUCCAUGUUUGUGCCCAGCCCAAAGCAGUCCCAGACCAGGUCAAUGGGUUACGUUUCAUCAGGAUCACAAAAGGUCAAGUCCUGAUUGUCUGGUCAGACCACUGUGUUGAUUCCAAAUGCAUUAAGACAUUUGAAGUGGAGUUCUCCAAAAACCACAAGGAAUUCAGCAGAAUUAAUACUCAAGACACCAUUUUUACUUCUUAUGUUUAUUCACCUGUGGAGCAGGAGGUCAGCGGUCUGUACAGAGUCCGAGCUGUGGACUACUGGGGAAGGCCUGGCCCGUACUCGCUGACAGAGAGGUAUUCAGAGAAGUGCUAGACCAGGGUCAAAUCUGAUGCUGUGACUAAAUAGUUUUUAUACUGUAAAUACAUUUUAGAGAUAAAUGUGAUGUGAUUGUGUAAAUGUGAUUAUGUAUGAUAUUCACUUUGGGUCAUUUCUGAUCUGCCUACUCUUUAUAAUCCUCAAUUUAUUAUUCUUAUUCCUGCUGUAUUUUACAGUAACACAGAGAACAUGUGUCUCUGAUAGUGUAAAGUAGUGGUUGUCAUUUCAAAGAUUACCAGCUGAAAUACCCCAACACAGAGUUUGUCUGUGUCUUUCUCCUAUGGGUCUUUUCUAUUUUGCAUCUGUUUGUAGUCAUUCUACAUCUUUUCAUGAUCAUUUAUUUCUUUUCUUUUUGUCAUUUUGUGUUUUUUGUGGUCAUUUAGCAUAUCUUCAUAGUUGGUCCAUGUCUUUUGAGAGACAUUUUGUAGGUGAAGACCUGGUUGGCCCAUUCACUAAUCCUUCCAUGGCUGCACAUAAUGUGUCACUUAGCAAUGACAUCAGUAAGGAAUAGUUCACACUGAUACAGUGACUGUAACAAUCAGACCAACAAAUAUAAUGGAUGCCUUCAUAAUUUUUUGUUAUAAAGUAUUCUAUUUUUUAACUCAAAAUGUCUCAGAUUUCUAUACAAUUGUGUUUUAAAGGUUCGUGCACUAGUUGGAUCAUCAGUCUAAGUUGAUUACAUGACCAUUUUUACAAAGACAAGGACACCAGCAAGUUUCUUUACAAAAUUUAUUAUCACCAAUACAGAAUAAUACAAUGCAGAUGUUACCCAUCAGUGUGACAAUACUGUGCAGUUGGUUACAUUCACUUAACUGGUAAUACUUUUCAUUGGAUUUGGCUUGAAAAUAUAAUUUCAUCUUGGCAGUGUUAAUUUAAUUUGUUCAUGGGUCGUUGAAUCAGAUUUUUACGAUAAUUCUCUCCUAUGACUUUGGAACACACUGUAGCAUAUCAUAAGCAUAAUAGGAUUAUUCUCCUAUUUGCGUCUUUGAGGUGAGCUCUGUCUCCGUUUUGAGUGGGAUGAUCAAUCCAGUGCACUGAAUGAGUUUAGCAGGCUCCUGUUAAGAAUAGAGAAGAAGAGCAGGUGUUGGAUGAGUUUGGAUGAAUCAGGUUGAAACAUGUACUUUGAAUACACAAAACAAAAUUGUGUUUUAAAUUGACAGUUAAAUAUAAAUGUUUUAAAAAGAGCUAUGAAUCCAAGUGUUGCCAGAAACCACUUUGUUUACUCUUAAUGUUAUAAACUUUUUUUUUUUAUCAAUUAGAUCCUUCAAAUAAAAAUCAAGAUACAUGGUU